AUGGGCCUAUUUGAUGACUUACCCGAUGUGGAAGGAGACAAUGCUGGUACUGGUCGAGUCUCCAAGAUUGGCCUUCCAGUCUCGUACAAGAAGGAUGACGGCUCAAACAAGUCGAAUGACCAAUCAUCAAAAUCAUCAUCUGAUGCGUCUGAAAAGAAGCCAGUCUUGUCAUGGAGUAGUGCUGCAAUGAUGUUCAAACCACCUCCAUCAAGGAAGUCUACUCAGCCAGUCAGACCUAAACCUACUACUGCUACCUCUGAUGCCACCAUAUCUACUGUCGCGCCCGAGAAUGAACCACCUAUUGAAGCUGCAACCCCCACCUUCCAAGGAACUAUUUCCAAGAAUUGGAAUCUGCCCCAGCAGAAUACUUCUUCAAAGGUUUUAAUGCAGUUUGCACGAGAAUCUCUCGCUGCAACAUAUGUCCUUUGGUUUUGUCACAAACAGAAGAGAAAGUACGCGUCUGGAAAGGGAAAGAAGGCUGUUUUGGCUCCUCCUUCAUUCACGGAUGAUUAUGAUCCAACAAUUCCAAACGAAUAUGGAUUCUGCAAGGGGGAACUCAAGAGAAUAAAGCUUGCCAAGAUUGCUGAAUUAGAACAGAAUGAGGAUAGUAGGUCAGGUAGACGGCAUAGACGAAGACAUGGCUCAGAAGAUGACGAGGAGGGCGAGUCAUCAAAUCAUCAUAGUGGUAGGCGGAAUCAUUCAAGAAACUCUGACGAUGAAGACGGCGAUCGCAUGGAUGAACAUCUAAAGAAGUCUCAUCGUGCCUCUUCAGCAGCAUCAUCAAACAAUCACCGACGUAGUCCUAUACCUGAAAGCAACGCAUCCAAGGUCGUCGUCGACACUGCAGAGUCUGGUGACGAGGCAUACUUACGCAGAAUGCAAAUGAGUCAGGCUCCAGCCCCUCCUGCUAAAAUAGACCUAGAUAUAUCGGGCGAUGAAGCAUACCUUCGUCGAAUGCGAAUGCAGAAAGAGGCCGAACGGAUCGCUUCCAACUUGGGCCCGGCUCCCAUCAUAAACCCUGUCACAUCCAAAGUCGUAUUACUGAAAAACAUGGUUGGACCUGGCGAAGUGGACGACGCUUUGCAAGAUGAGACUGCAGAAGAAUGUAGAAAGUAUGGGGAAGUUGAGAGGUGUUUGAUUUACGAGGUGCCGAAUGGUGUGGUUGCCGCUGAUCAAGCUGUUCGUAUCUUUGUGGAAUUCAAGUCGACUGAUGGUGCUCAGAGAGCCUUGCAGGAUCUCAGUGGAAGGUUCUUUGGAGGGCGUCAAGUCUCGGCGACAUCAUACGACCCUGAUGCUUUUGCAAAGUUUGAUUUAUCGAGAGGACUUGUAGUAAAUAGGCGUCAAUAA